GAGGGAGAGGGGCAGAUGCGACGAGAUGCGAGCAACAGUCAUUGUCCAUGGCAUGACAAUGGCUGAAGCAGGACUAAGAGUCCGUCCAAACCUGAGUAGGUUCACCAUGGCCACAAUUAUCAGGGCAUUCAGACAACACAACAGAGUUGAAAGAAUGCCACAUAGAGGUGGGAGGGUUGCCAUAUUUACAGCGGCACAAGAAACCCUCAUUGUGGAUAUGGUUCGUGAGAACAACCUCAUCAGACUCCGGGAGAUCAGAGACAAAGUCAUUGCCGAUAAUGUGAACUUUGAGGGCAUUGAUGAUGUCAGCUUGGCCACAAUAGACCGAGUUCUCCGGCGCCAAAAGAUGCGGAUGAAACAAGUCUAUAGGGUUCCCUUUGAGCGAAACUCUGCACGACACAAAGACCUACGUUACGAGUAUGUGCAAAGGAUAUUACAGUUGGACACGCUGGCCAGACCUCAUGAGUACCUCUUCCUGGAUGAGGCUGGCUUCAACCUGCAGAAACUAAGGCAAAGAGGCCGUAACAUCAUUGGCCAAAGAGCCAUCACUGAGGUUCCUGGCCAACGGGGGGGUAAUAUUACUCUUUGUGCGGCCAUGGGUUUGGAGGGGCUUGUCCACCGGCAGGCUGUCCUUGGGUCUUACAACACCCAACGUCUCCUAACCUUCCUAGAGGAGCUAAAAGAUAUCCUCCUGGACCGCCAACAACACCAUCCUGGGCCCGAACAUCCCAUUUAUGUGAUCAUUUGGGACAAUGUACGCUUCCACAGAACAAACCAAAUCAGAGUGGUUCACCACCAAAAGUAA